UGCGAAAUUACAAUCACGUUACAAAUGCCCGAUCCUGACUCUAUGGAAGCAUGGCGGCCUUCGUAGUAUCCCGUGUGCGCCCGUGGCUAACCCCAUCUUUGAGGACUAUGGUGCGUGCCCACGCGCCUUGCUUGAUGGUUACCGCUGGGGAAACUCCACAAAUACGAUCGUAUGCCACCCAAAGACACCAGAAGUUAAUAUUAGCCGCGCAAAAACGUAACAGGCAAAGAAAACUUGAGAAACCUCCCGAAAAAGACAAGCUUGCUUGGAUGAAGUCAAGAAAGCUCCUCGUCGGACCUCGAAGAGAGACUUACGAAGAUCGGCUCAAGGAGCCACCGCUUGACGACGUUUUCUACACGGACAAGUACAUGCCAACUUUGUAUCCCGCUGCUGAAGCGAUAGCUAUGCACAGAGAAACGCAUCACCCAACUGUUUUGGAUGAUCCAGAUGCACUCCUUUAUGCAUUCGUAGAGCUAAGCUUAAAAACGAAGAAAAAGACCAAGUUUCGAGAAGAUUUUUCAGGGACUGUGCUCUACAAUCAUCCAUUCUCUGUCACAAAGAGAGAGAAGAGGAUCAUUGCCCUCUGCAAGAGCACAGAUAUGGCUUCCGAGUCACUUGAGGCUGGGGCAGAAGUAGCAGGUGGCACAACUGUCAUCAAAAGGAUACUUACUGGGGAACUAGACACGAAACAUUUCGACUAUAUUUUGGCACAUGUGGACAUUAUGCAAGAUCUGCCUCAGCUAAGAGGCUUGCUCAAAACGAAGUUACCAUUGCUAGCUAAUGGAAAAGUCACGAAUGACCUUCCUGGCUUGGUGCGUGGCUACUUCAAAGGCAUCGAUUUCACUUCCAAGAGUGAUAAGCAAGAGUUAGACUAUGGCUUCGUGGAAGUCCCUGUUGGAAAACUCAGCAUGCCAACUGAGCAUCUCAUGGACAAUAUCAGAACUCUACUAGUUCAUAUUGACGGAUUCAAGCCAAAAGGAACUGAUCCAGGUACAUUCAUCACAAAGGUUGAACUGAAGUGUCCACCAACUACUGAGAAGUUCAUGAUUGCAUGCAGUGAAUUCUUGGAUCAUUAUGCAGAGGAAGAAGAAGAUGUUGAAGUCAAAGUGAAUCAGUAGAUGCACCGAACUCAAUCAGAACAUCAUUUGUUGUAGCAAUAAAUCGUAAUAAAAAAUAAAGCAGCA